UGUAGUAUUUUUACUAAUUUUUAAUAAUAUUUAAGUAGGAAAUUAAAGAAUUUACUAUAUAAGAUGUUAAGCAUACGGUAUAUUAAGGGAUCAAAAACAAGCGAAUAUCGCUUUAUACUUAGGAAUUGAAAUGUUUCAGCAGGGUCGCGUUAUAAUCAUUUGGUUGUCCUGGUUUAUUGGCGGUAUAUGCGGUGUUGUUAUUUUGUUAAUUAUUAUAUGUUACUGCCGCCUAAUGCCGCGCCAUCAGAAAUCGUUUGAUGAGCAGUACCUGAAAGAAAACUAUGCAAUCAAGGAAAGUCAUGCCUACUCAAGUCAAGAUAGUUAUAGAGUGAAACAUGCAGAGUCGGGUAGUGCGCGUGGGGUGCGGCCGGCCAGCUACGCGGGGGGUGCGGGCGGUGCCGGGGGCGCGAGUGCUGCGGGCGGUGGUGGGGACCGCCGCGGACACUGCUACGUGAACCGCGUGCCCGAGCCGCGCCCGCAGCCCGCACAGUACUCCUCCAGCACGGUGUUGGAUGAAAUCGAGGGCGCUGCGAAUAUGGACGCUCUAAAGACUCGUUCUCUUCCUGCUUUCCUGAGACCGAAGCCGCGCCCGCUGUCCACAGAGGAUGACCUGCAUCAGUUAUACGCUAAGGUGAACUUAAGCAAGAAGUACAAGAACAGGAUGAGGAGUGAACACGCGGCCAUCAUAGCACUCAGCAAGUCUCACACACAGUUCUUCGACGCUGAUGCAGUUAUCGUUUACGACCAACGGACCGCACUCUGAACCCGUACCACCCGGUAGAACAUACUGUUUACUGAACAUUCAAGGUAUUUUUUGUUAUGGAUGAUAAAGGAAUGGUGCACCUGCCUGUGAUAAUGGUAUAUGCCGGCGGGGCACCAGUGGAGGAUAAGAUGAGCAUGAGGUCAGGUCAGGUCAUCCUGACAAAUUAACCGGGAAUUUAUGAUGUUGGUUUCCAGGGGUAGGUGUAGAACAUAUUGCUCAUUAUAUUUAUCUAUAUAUGCAUAGUCCAAUAAUAAUAAUAUCUCUAGACAAUUCACACAACGCAAUCUAAUCCCAAGUUAAGCAGAACUUGUGUUGUGUACUAGACAAAUAAUAUACUUAGAUACAUUUUUUCAGAAAAGACCCAAACCAAUAAUUCAUGAAUACAAAUGUUUGUACUGUGCUAGGAAUCGAACCCGCGAUCAUCGGAUGUAAAGCGGUGUGUUAAACCGCUAGACCACCGUGGCCGUAUAAAUAUUAGUAGAAAUAGUUACAUAUAUAUAAUUAGAUACGUCCUUUUUCUCCUACAUAUCAGUAUGAUGCAGUGGAUGUAACUGGCGAUCAUCUAUAAAUUGGGUCACACAUUAAAAAUGGAAGGAAGGUCACGAAAUGUGACAA